AUGCGCGGAAUUGCCUGUGUAGUGAAUCGUUCCUCUCGCCCUGCCGGACUCGUUUCCAUCGUUGGGAAUUAUCCUCACUUGACACGUGAAAUGCGACUGAUUAUCACCGCAACUUUCAUUCCCUAAAUCACAAAUAAAAAGUGUCAACAUCAUCAGUCCAUCAUGAAGAAUAAUGCUCCAGUGGAGUGUGUAACAGUCACAAAGUGCAGAACUAAAAAUUGAAAAAACGUGUUUAUUAUCGUGUGGUAAAAAAAAAGUGAGCGGUUGGGGCGAGAGUUUGGCGAACGGAACAGCGUGAUCGAGAAGAGGGGCUCAAGCGCGCGCGCGAGGGUGCUCGAAUUUUUUUUUUCACAUUCAGAGAGAAAUAGAAGAAGAGGAAAAAAAAAACAGAGUAAAAUACCCAAAGAAUGUGAAUUUAAACGUCGUCGGGGUAGUGGAUUGCACGAGCUGAGGAUGAAACACCAGAAGAUGAGGCACAAAUGAAAUAAUAAUUUUGUUGUGGUCCGGGCACGUGUUGAGAGGACAUUAACAAAAGUGAUAAGUGUGUUUAUUUAUUUUGUUAGGCUAAAUUCUCCCAUUGAGGAUUCAGCACCGAUGAGCCCGGAUAUAUGGCGGCGCGGGUGCUUUUACUCGGCAUUUUGUUUACGGAAGUACUCGAACCCCUUUGCGCCGCAGGUGUUAAAGGCCCUAAUAAUCUGCAUGGCAAAAAUGGGCCUAAGGGAGAAGGCGUGGACCUGCGUUUUGGAAAAAAUUCAGGUCUAACGCUGCGAAUUGAACCGAGUGGUGAUAUACUAUUGGGAAAACGUGGUACUACUUUAAAUUGUUUAGCUAACAAUAUUACGUGGCUCUAUAAUGAUGAACCGGCACCACCUUGUGGUGUCACUCGAUGUGGAUUAUUGGACGAUGGCUCAUUGCAUUUUUAUAAGAAACAAAAUUUACAAUUGGUACAAAAGUCAAAAGGAGGGACUGGCAGUGGCACUAAACCACCUGAGAAGCACGUGUACCGUUGCAUUGGUCACACCAGCGGUGGAUCGUUACGAUCAUCACCAAUUACUGUACAAAUUGCUGAGCUUGGACAUACGUUCAGAAAAUCACCCAAUGAUUUGACGAUUGUGGAAGGUGAAAUCGCUAGAUUCACAUGUCUAAUUGACAGUGUACCGUUUCCUCCAAACAUUACCUGGCAACAUAACGGAGAACCUGUAUUAACGGAUCACAAUAAUACUAAAUAUUUCAUGGUACCACCGGGUGUUCUUUAUAUUAGCGCUACAAAGUCCUCUGAUGCUGGUUCAUAUAGAUGUGUGGCAACAAACGAUUAUAUUAAAAAGACCAAAAGGAGCAAAGAAGCAAAACUGACUGUUGUAUCGAGAUUGGAAACUGAUAAGCCUCGAACAGCAGGAUUACUUUAUCCACAAAUUUCCUACAAUCAUUCGUUAUUGAGCGGAUCGAGCCUAAAGAUUAUUUGCGCUGCCAGUGGCUAUCCACCACCUUCAAUCAUCUGGUCUUUUCUACCCAAAUACCCAGACGGAAGCAGCACUCUGCAGAAUCGCAUUCUUCUCAACUCCACAACUGGGAUCAGUGUACUCACAUUGAAGAAUGUCAGCAUUUAUGACGCUGGUACUUAUCUGUGUUCCACGAAAAAUGCAGUCAGCAAUGGAUUGGAGGUUCAGAAUAUUACUGUUGAUGUAUCGGUUCCACCAACACUGAUAAAAAAACCGGUCAAUCAAAUUUGUCCCAAUGGAAGGACUGCGAGAUUCGAAUGUCAAGCGCAAGGAACCCCUCCACCUGAAAUUUAUUGGCUCAAAGAUUCCGAGAAUAUUGCUAUGAAUGGACGACGAACAACUUACAUCAAAGAAAACAACAAAGUUGAACUGGCGAUAUCAGCAACUGUACCAUCAGACUCUGGUAUUUAUCAGUGUGUAGCGGUGAAUUCAGCCGGUGAAAUUUGGGCUGCUGGUCGGCUCCAAGUUAAUGCAUCUCGCAACAGUCCAGCUACCCCAACUGGGCUCAAAUGCUAUUCAGAUUCACCAUUUAAAAUUGAAAUUUCAUGGAUGCCACCGAAAUCUUUACCAUCGACAAGUAUCACCGCGUAUACCGUUCACUAUAGUCCAGCCGAAGGGGGUAAAGAGGAAGUGUGCCCUGAACCUGGUAAUUCAACAUCGGUAGAGGUCACAAAAUUACUUGAACCGUAUACCAAUUAUUCUUUUUACGUUCGGGUAUGGAAUAAUCAUGGAGCUAGUGAUCAAUCGGAACCGAUUGUUUGUGCUACUGCACCAAGUGUUCCAAAGAGCACGCCUAGAGUACACGUUGAUAUAAUAAGCAGUACAAAAUUAAAUGUAACAUGGAAGCCUUUAACGAAGAGAGAAGCUAGAGGCGUUAUUGUUGAGUACAAAAUCCAAUGGAGGCUUCAUGAGCAUCCAUCAUCGCGGGUUAUCACUGUACCUGUUGAUGUCGAGAAUUAUAUUCUAACAGAUUUACUUCCUGGAUCGCAGUACGAUUUGAGAGUUUUAGCGAGAACGGAACAGGGAUGGCCGAAUAUCAGUGAAUCCCAGUUGAUAUGGACCAGCGUUUCAACACCAAAUGUUGACAUUGAUGAACUUGAUAUUAAAAAUAUUAUUGAUAUUCAUGUGGUGAUAUUGAAUGCAUCUAGUUCCAAGAUUAAAUGGGAGAAGCAAUCAAAUACGAAUAGUUAUGCAGGAUUGAAGAUUGACGGUUGGCAAGUAUAUUGUGAAAAUAUUGACGGUGUUAGGAUACUCACUGAAACAUUGCCUAGAAAUGCUACGGACUAUAUAUUCACUAAUUUACAUCCGAAUGUUUCUUACACGCUUGGGUUGUGCGCCGAGAAUAAAGGAGUAACCGCCGAUUGUGUAUCGAAAACAAUUAAAUCAAUAUAUCACGAUGCAGAAAAUAUUCCAAUGGCACUAGAAGCAAUUCCACUCUCAUCAUCAUCAAUCCAAAUAACCUGGACAUCAUUGCACACAAGUUCAAAAAAAUUUGAACUCUGCUAUCAGCCAGUAGAAUCACCAACCGUAGAAUCAAAAUGGCUGUUAGUGAAUGGUACAAAAGUAACAGUGAAUAAAUUGAAAGCAUUCACACUUUAUCAAUUCAAGGUUCGAUCAUUUCGAAAUGACUCGAGACAACAAAAUCAAUUCAGUGAGAGUAUAGAGUGCUACACAGGUGAAGAUGUACCAGGAAAGCCUGAACAGGUCCAGAGUUUCAGGGAUGGUUCGAAAAUACGUGUUGCUUGGAAAAAGCCAGUUCAUACGAAUGGAAUUAUUCGGCAUUAUUUCGUGUCUUACGUGUCAGAUUCAACAGAAUCAAUGAUUUGGGGCAAUGUAACAGUACCUGGUAAUCAAACUUGGGCAGUAUUGCCUGAAUUUACAUCGGGUGGACGACACUAUGUGAUGAUUCAGGCAGCAACUAGAGUUGGAUAUGGAAAGCCAUCUGAUGCAGUUCUCGUUUUUACCAAUGGUAUUGCGUCGAAGAGUCCAAAUUUAUCGAAUGAACGUAAACCACCUCCAAUACCAAAGCCAGAUCAAAGUCUGGGAAUUAUGCUUGGUGUUGGUAUCAGUAUUGGAUUUAUUAUGAUCAGUUUGUGCAGUAUUUACUGUAGAAAAAAAUGGGAACACUCACGAUCACUUCGGGAAACAACUCAACCCCUCAAAAAUCGAGUUCUUUUGAGGAAUGGAAAUGUUUGUUGUGUGGAUCGAUCAUCUACUUCAGUUAAUCAACAGGCUAUUAAUGCUACUAUCAACUCUAAUGAGAUUGAAUUGGCUACUUUGUGUCCUUCGUCACCAAAUUCAACUAAUCCUCAGCUUGAUACUAAGGGAAUUCAGGCGAAUGGUACAGUGGAGGGUAAACAACCUCUUCUCACUUCGUGGAAUAAUUCAAAUGAGGACCAUAUGAAUCUUCAUAUCACAGAAAACCCGCAGUAUGAACAGAAGCGCAGCCCAACAUCCACCAGACAGUCUGAUCAAGAGGGAGAUUUAGACACAACAGAACUCACAAUGAUGGACUGUACAUUAGCUGGCAGUGAUACUAGUUUGAAUAAUAAUCUCGGUUGUAUAUCGUCAACACCCCACAAAAUACCACCAAUAACAAUUCCUGUGUUGGAGCCCAACGGUUGAACCUUGUCACCUCUAUUCCAGGAAUAAUUAAAUCGAUAAGAGUAAGUAAACCAACCGAUUUUUCAUGGACAACUUUGAGUCCUACAUAAAUGCGAUUAUCUGCUGGUUAAAGAAAAUGCCUUGCGAUCAAUAAUUGACGAAAAUAUGCUCCGUUAAAGGUGUGCAGUUUAAUCUCACUGAAUAAUGACACAAUCAAAAGGAAAAUCUGAAUAUAAGGGAAAUCAUGAAACAAUGUUUAUGAUACAAAUACACAGAGUAACUUAGUUUUUUAAAAAAUGAGAGGAAAACCGAAAAACAUGAGAAAAUUACACUGCUUAAUUGUUAAUUGUGUACAUAUUAGAUAUUCUAGUGUAUGAUGACAAAUGGAUGAAUAGUUUGUACUUGUUCGCAAAUCAAUCGCAUCAAGAAAAAUGAAAUUGAAUCAUCUACAAGAAAAUCAUGCACUGUUUGAUGCAUCAGAAUAACACAAAAAUAUAUUUGCUCACCAUUUGAAUUAAAAUUUUCUGAAAUAAGCGUGAAAAACAGAAGUUGAAAGCACCAUUGUACAGACAUUAAUUGAGGAAAAAAUCAUAUUAAUGUACAUAGCAGUAAUUUCUAAAGAAAUUGUCAUUGUUGUAGGGAGCAUUGGUCAUUUAAUAGCUGUUGAUUGUGAAUACGAAGAUAACUUCGAUCUCGCUCCAUUGAUAUCAGCAAUUAACAUAGCAGAAAAAAACCUAGUAUUGCAUGUAGGAAUUCCUGGCACAUUAACACAUCCUGCACAUGGUAUCACUAUUUUCCCGGGAAUAAUCGACAGAUUAAACAUUCCACUAUAGCCACGGAUAACGAAAGUUUAUGACGAAAUUUUUUUCUAAUUUUCCUCGACACGGAUGAAAAUGUCGAUUUUUUUUUCUAUGGAUUUUUCCUUUGCAUCGUGUAUUAUUCGCAAUUAUAGUUUCAUUCGAUUAAUUAACGAUUUUUGUUGUCCUUGUGGUUAAUUUAUAAUCUCGUGAUGCGCUUGAUUCAUCUUUUCUUUCAUUUUUCUUCCUCUGUAGAGUUCACUUCAGUAACGAAGUGGUAAAACGAGAAAUGGACUUAUCUCUGAGUCGAGUUUUUGAACGAUAUCUCCGAAUCUAAGAGAGAUCGCGAAAUUUUUGUCAUGACAUUCGUUGUAGCUCUCAGUUUACUCCGCAAAAAAGGUUCUAAUAAAGGUUUUUCUAUUUCUCCUAGAUUUCGAGAUAUUCAUCGAAAACCGGUAGACAGUCAGAAGUGACUUAUCUCGUUUGACGACUUCGUCACUGAAUUUUAUGUGUGAAGUCAUAAUUAAUAGAUAAAAUGAUUAUUUUCAUUCACAAGAGUCUCCUGACAGGUAGAAAAACAAUUAUGCAAAUGACACACAAUCCAGACAUACCAGACUGGCCCAUGUUACCAUGACAGAAAGAAAAAAAACCAACUCUGUACCUGAUAGACUAAGUUAUAUUACUUUAUGUUCUUUUUUUUUUAACUCAACGAUGUCAAUGUUAUUGCAGUACCUCCAUUUGUUGUUAUUUAUUACGUCAUUGCAUUCAAUCAUUGAUUUAAUACUAGAUUUUCUUUUCCGAAAUAUGGCAAUAGAACUGUUACACGAUUGUUCCAUUACAAACAUGACUACAUUUAUCUGAAAGAAUUAUAUACUCAUAUCAGAAAUCGUUGGAGUUUAAUUCAAUUCAGAUAACAAAUCAAUAGAACAAAGUAUUUAUUUCAUUUACCAUAAAAUGCAAUAGUUUAUAUACAGAUUACAGAUCUUAUUUUUCUUUUAAUUUCUGUUAUCCAACAAGCAAUGCAUACUCCAUAAUUUAACUCAUUCCUAUUGUUACUAGUGAUUUAAUUAUGAUUGAAUGGUUUUUUUAAACUGUAUAUAUCGUUAACUGUUCGUGGUCCAUCUCCAGUGAUUCUCAUUAAUUUUUUAACCAAAAUCCAGUGAAUAAUUGCGUCUGGUCAUUAUUUAAUUUCACUGACACAAGUUUUUUUCUGCUUAAUUCAAUUUAUUACUUAUUUACUUCGGUGCGAAUGAAACCGAGGAAUUGAUUAUUCGAAAUUGUUGUAGGGGGGAAAACAUUGUUGAAAAUAAUGAGCAGUAUCAAGGUUUUUUUAUCAAUUUUUUUUAUUAAUGCAGCGUAAGCAUUUCGGUCGCUAUGUCUUUAGUUGUCUGGAUUGCAAGAGGCAGCUUUCAGGCGCGAAAAUAUUCAAUAACAAAUUUCAAGCCUUUUCGUGAGAUAUUAUAUGAUCUUUCUCCGCCCAUUCCAUGGAAAAUAUUUGUCAAAGUCGGUAGAUUCGUUUUUUUUUCUCAUAAAAUUGUUAGGAUACGUUUUUUAAUCUGCAACCUUUUACCAUUAAAUUUCUUGAAUAAUUCGAAAGAAAAAUAGCAGUUGAAUUGAAUUUGAAAAUAUAAGUUUAGAAACUUGAAAAUCCAAGUCUGGAAAAUGUAAUUGAAUUUUUUUUUUUGUCAAAUUUUCUGAACUUAUAUUUUUGCAGCUUUUCAAAUCACAAAUUCAAACAACUCGUAAGAGGUAAUUGGUUUUCAAUAAUGUAAUAUCAUUAAAUUUUUACUUUUAUCGUUUGAAAUCACUUGAAAUUCUUCUGCUCCACAGUUGCUAUCGAUAUUUCUACGUAAAUGUAGUAAUUGUGUCAGAUUUUUUAACUUCUUGAAUUACUUCAUGCGUUUAAAUCAUUUCGAAACUCACGGACUUGGAAUUAAUCAUCAUUCCACUUGAAUUGACCGGUGAUUUAACCUUUAAGUGUAUCAUAAAAAUUAUGUUAGUUGAUAUAUAAUAUCGUAUAACUUGAAAUUUUAAGUUUAAUGUUACUAUUUUGUCACUGAUUUGCGGUAUGUAUUUUUUCCAAUUAUUAAAGGCGUAGUGCCAGUAGUGAUGAUUAUAAGAGGAGAAAGAAAUGGAUUUACGCUUACCAAAACUAUUUUUUAUUUUCUUAAAUAUCCUAGUUUAGAUCAUUUUUUUUAUUGCCGAGAAUUAGUAAUACGGUUUCGAUACACCACAUGUACAAUUGAGAAAUCAUAGUUCGUCAAAUAAUUUAUUUCAGCUAAAAUAUCCUAUACCGAUUGCCGGAGAAUAAGAGAGGUCUUUUUUUAUUGUCAAUUUCUAACUUAAUUAAUAGUUAUUUGAGGAUGAUUUUGAGUAUUUUGUUUAGUUGAUAAAUGCUAUUUUCAUUGGUUGAGGAUAGGGUCGUCGUAUCGAAGUGAAUCUCGUGCUUGUGAAAAUAACGGGAGUCGCAUAUUUUCAAGUACAAAUUAAUGUCGAAAAAAAAUUAAUCCCGAGCUUCCGUGUUGAUUCAAUGUUCCCAACUAUUCUGGAACAUCGUACGAAGUUUUGUUGGCAAUGUAUCAUAUCAAAUAUGCGUGGGAUUAUAGUGGAGGGAAUAUGUAGAACGUAAUAAACAUUUCAAGAGAAUAAAAAUUUCUUAUAGACCAUAAGACUUCACUGCAAAUAUCUCAGAAUAGCCAGAAGUGCAACUUAGAUUCAACAGGUUUUUCGUGAAAAAAAUUUGACACGUCUUUAUGACGAAAUAUCAAUCUGCCCGGUAAAUAUUUAAUAGAAAAAACCCAGCGAAUGGAGAAUUUGCAUCAAAAUCAAUUUAUUCACAUGUCCUUAUAUUUUAUAGUAAUCGAUUGAAGAUAAGGCAUUUCUGAUACGGAUAACUUUGGUUGACUCCAUUUGUGAUUGUGUAUUCGAUUUCAAAGGACUUUAAAUUUUCUAAUUACGACAGUCAGUUAUUACUCGAUGAAGAGUAUUCUUCAUGUUUUCAAAUGAUGAAUUAAUCAACUCAUACCGGAAUUUGAGAUUAAAAACUGAAAAAAAACUGGUGCAUAUUCUCCAUUCGAUAGAAAAUACUACUGGAUUAUUAGUGAAUUUCUAUUGAAAAAUUCUAUUGGUUCUUCACGCCCUUUCACGGUUUGUCUUUCAGAGAAACUAUUUUUUUAAAUGACAGUUCGCUCUAAGUAAAUUUAUAUGUUGUCCAUAUGCUGCAAAUCUUUAUGCUUUUGCCAAUUUUCUUAAACUCAAUUUUUUUUCUGUACUCGGACGGAAAAAUUGGCGGAAUAUUAUUUUGCACAAAUGAGUAUUUCUUUAAACUUAAUAAAUAUUCGGCGAGUAUUUUGUGAAAAAUGACAUUCUUCUUAACUAAAAGAAUUAAAUACUUUAGACUGACUUCACUAAAAAAAAAUUGAACUAAAAAAUCUACGAAAAGACUCCAGAUUUUGAUAGAAGUGGUAAACACUUUUCCAGCUGGGUUUUUCUACAAUUUUUUUUUGCAACUGAGAUCAUUCGUAGAUUACUCCACAUGAGGAGAAAUUCUUUAUGGGAAUUGUACUGCUGGCACUGAAAAUUAUAUUGAAUGACACGUGAAUUUCCUCUGUUUUUGUGAGAAAUUUUCAAGAACACUGAAAUUAUUAGAAAUAUUUUUUCGUUCAGAUCUGACGAUAAGACUGCCUUUCUGAACGGAUUUAUAUACUCAUCAACUGUCAUACCCUGCAUUUACUAAAUAGAAUGGGAAAUAUUGAAUAUAUCGCGCGUUAGCCAUAGAAAUACUAAGUAUUAAUCAAUUAAUCGUACGGCGACUCUAGUCGAGCGAAUAUACCUCUUUGCAGUGUCACCCUUAUUUUAAAUUAUUUGUUCAGGGUGCUCAGACAUUACUUAAUCAUCUAAAAACUUAAAUGUAGUACCUAUUAGGUGAUUAAUAUUUUUUCUACCGCUUACCUCAAAAAAACUAUACCUAUUUUAUACUUCAUGCCAUUUGAAUUUUUUUAAUGAAUUUUGCGGCGAGAUACAAGAUAAAUUGAAAUUAAAGUAUUUGUGUAGGGUGAAUGAGCUAGCAAGGUUGCUUCAUUGAUGCGGAGGAAUUAAUAGUUAUUUUUAAUGAAGAAUAUUUCAUAUCGCUUGCUAUUGCGCAGGUAAAAUGUCAUUGGUGGUAAAAUUCCGUAGAUAAUCUAAUCCAUUCGUUGGAGAACUCUCCCGAUUUUUUUUACUUUGGAGACGACAUUAUGUUACUGUGCGGGUAAAUAAAUAAAUAGGUCAUUGAAAAUGCGACGGAGGUAUUGACUUUUCAAUUAAACUGAUUGCGUUAUGAUUUCUAACUAAUGUUAGUUUAACAAAUUAAUGGAAAUGGUGAAGUAAAUUGCAACCAGUUUUAUUCGAUUUCUAUUGAACUUUUUUUUAUUAGUUUUGCGUCAAUUUUAUUAAAAUGUUCAACAGGAAAUAAGUGGAAAUGUAAACUAUUCGAUAGAAUUUCCUUUUUUUUUUUUUUUUUUCCUAUUUUGUGUACCAUUUAUUCUGUUGAGAUAUCUUCCAUACAGUUUCUUCAAUUCAGGAAAAAUAUAAUGAGUUGUCUUCAAAACUUAGAAACUUAAAUCAUCAACUUCUCUAAAGAAUAUUUCAAUAUCAUAAAUUGUCGAAAAAAUCCAAACAAUUCAUUCAGCCUUUCCAUACAAUAUUUCCCAUGGAAUUUUCCACAUUUUGCUAUGAAAAUUUUUAAAACAUCAACUUUUGGACAUAUUUGAAUUUUUCCCUGGAAUUCUAUCAUGAAAAACCGUCAGAACUGUGAAUAGACGAAUGCGAUAAAUUUAUUGCCAUUUUUUUGUAAUAAAAAUCUCCAGAAGACGAUAACUAAUUAAAUUUGACUCCAUUAAGUUUUUUCAAAAUGAUGUGUGGGUCUAGAAUUUGCCGAUAAAUCAACAGAAUUUUCAUCACAAUCUCCUACGAAAUGUAAUUCAUUUUUCUAAUUUUUCUACGGAAUUUUAUCAUGCUUAGGAAUUUUCAUAACGGCUGCAAGUUCAUGCUGGUUGCUUCACCCUAUAUUUAGCGUCUAGCUGUAGAAGCCCAUUGCCGUACUAAAUUGAAGUAUCGAAAAUAUUUUUUUUAAUGCAAAAUGAUUCCAGCUAUCGUUUCUAGUAUAUUAUGAUGAACAUUUUGUUUCAUAUAGCUACUUCGUAAGUAGUUUUUUUUCAUUAAUUAUUGUAUAUGAAGUAUCUGUAAAAAUUAAAAAACUAAAAAAUAGAAAAAGCAAAAAAAUGAGAAAAAAAAUAUGGAAAGUAUAUAUUUUAAUAUAUUAUAUAUAAUUAAUUGUAUUGAAACUACAAUAAAUUAUAACCAUACUGUUUAAAACUGAAGUAUUAAACAUGAAGGAGAGAAAACAAGAGCAAAAGAAAAAACAAUACACUAGAAACUAUUUAAUGAUGUUGUUGAUCCUUUGAAGUGCAGCAUUUCGUUGUAAUGAUUGAAUAAAGUUAAAACAGUAUAUAAACUGAA